GAGGCUGGAGCGCUCUCCUCCGCCCUCGCCGCCGUCUGUCCAUCCGUCCGUCCAUCUGUCCGUCCACCCGCCGGUCCCCAGCCGCCCGCGCCAUGGACGCCAAGGUCGUCGCCGUGCUGGCCCUCGUGCUGGCCGCUCUCUGCCUCGGAGACGGGAAACCUGUCAGCCUGAGCUACAGAUGUCCCUGCCGCUUCUUUGAGAGCCACGUGGCCAGAGCCAAUGUCAAGCACCUCAAAAUCCUCAACACUCCGAACUGCGCCCUUCAGAUUGUCGCCAGGCUGAAGAGCAACAACAGGCAGGUGUGCAUCGACCCGAAGCUGAAGUGGAUCCAGGAGUACCUGGAGAAGGCUUUAAACAAGAGGUUCAAGAUGUGAGAGGCGGUGAGACGCCUGCGAACCUUACAGGAGCCCAGGCCUGCAGUCAGUGCUAGGGAGGGGCCGGUGCCCUGCUCUCAGGCAGGGCCGGACACAAGGCCAAGGGCUUCCUUUGCACAGCUCCCCUUCCCUCGCCAUUAAUUAUGUAGCAGAACUCGUGGUGUUUAUUUCUCAUUUAGUUUGAUUAGCCAGUGUUACCGUGGCUUGAGCUAAGGCCAUUAUGUUAUCUGCUUUAUUAUAAUAUCUUUCCUGUAUCCUAGGCGAGGUGGGAGGCUUCCCUUGUCCCAGAGGGACCAGGUGUGCCUCCUCCCCCAGAGAGUGAACAGCAGGGCUCCCCCAGGCUGAGCAGGCCAGGCCAGGGCAGAGACCCCUUUCCUGCUGCUCCCUCUACCCAUUGCUGCGCUCCUCAUUCUGUGUCUCACCCAUCCAUCGUCCUGUGUCUCACCCAUCCAUCGUCCUGUGUCUCAAGAUUGUCUCCAUCAUGCUGGAAAGGACGCUCUUCAGACAAAAGCUUUCAUUCUGACUUGGCACCAACGGGGAAGCAAGAGUACCCAUGAAACACUGUACGCACCUGCCUCGUCUGGAGCACUGUCACCUUCUACUUCUGUGUCUGCUCACGGCCAGUGUCCUCCCUGCCUGUGACCCCUGUCUUGGUGCACACACUUCCCCCUCCUGGUGUGCAAAGGCUGAGCAUGGGAAGAUGCUCUCAGGCCUCUUCGAGGCUCCCAGUGUGAGCUGCAGCCAACUGGAGCAGCCUCAGUGUCCCCAUGGGACCAGCAAAUGGAGCCCGAGGGAAUGCAGGCCACAGCAGCACUGACCCCAGCACUGCUGACCCAAGAUGCUGCUGCAGCUGCUGCUGUCUGGACUGCAGAGUUCUGGCUCAGCAUUGUUUGGGGAGUCACAAGAAUUUUCCACCUUUGUAUUAUUAUUUUCAGGACACAACCCGUAACAAUCAAUCCCAGAGUGAAGACUCCUCCCCUGUUAAUAUCUGACCUCACCCCCAGCAGGGCUGUCUUUCCUUACACCCAGGGUCCAGUGUCCAGCAAAGCAGGCAUUCUUCCAGGAAAGGGUUAGAAGUCCCUGGAUUCGAAGUAUUGCCCUCUGACCCCGAGCAACCUGUAUGUGAGGCUCCUUAACACUGCGGGCUUGCAGGGCUUCUGUCUCCUUUCCCUGCAGUCAUCUCCCCAGGCCUAAUGGAGACACCAGUGAGUAUCAUUAAAUGAAGAAGAGGCCGAAAGGAAGAGCAAUCCUGAGUCAGGGUAUUUGCGAUUUUAUCAUUUGUUGUCAGUAAUACCGCUCAGGCCUCACCAUAAAUUGAUGCUUCAGAGCAGAAUGCAAAUCCACCCACCAAAAGUUUCCUCUAACUUCAACAAUUGAAAUUCUCAAACCAGCCAAGUUAAAUUGGAUAAAAAAGGGGUCAGGGGAGAUUUAUUAGAUCCCAGCAUUACAACUAAUUUCAAAACCGCCUUUUGAAAUUGACCCAAAACUACAGUACUUCUAAGUUAUCCAUAGAACGACCAAACUUGUGGAUGGCCACUUUCCAGGUAAUCCAAGGUGUUUAAACCCCUCUGAACAUUCAGAGCCUCUUCCCUUGGAACCCAAGGCCCAGGACCAUCCAGUCAAACCUCCUGCUCCCAGGAGCAAGCUGAGCUCUAUAUAACUGCAGUGAAGCAGUCACCUCUGUGUCUCCUCCCCAGGCAGGGGAGCAGGGGCACAUUUGUGUGACAAUUCUCCCCAGAGGAUUUGCCCCUGCAUGGAGACUGACUGGCUGAGGCAAAUCCGCAUUUCAAUAGUCUAUUUGCAAAGGAAAAGUGUCCCCACCCUAAUCCCUUUGCUUUAGAGUCAAGUGCACCAGGGAGCUGUGACUGGGGACACGGCUGCCCCCACAUUCCCUGGCCUCUGUGACCCAUGCUUCUCAGCUGCCAGCCUUUGCACCAGAUGGGAAGGGGCUGGGGCCAUGAGUGUGUUGUGUGUAGGUGUCCGGAUCUUUGCCUUGUGUCUUUUGCACCAUUGUCUGUCCUCCUCUGCCAGCCACUGAGACACCAGAGAGGGUGUAUCCACCCUGGGAGAGGAAGGAAGCUCAGCCCUGAAGAGCACAGGUAGUCUGUGUGUCCAGGUCCAGAGACCUGAGCCCCCUCCCGAAGGACCCCAUCUGCCCCUCCACGGUGAUUCUUGUCUCUGCAUUUUCACCUGUUAGGGGCUUCAGAUGUGGGAACUGACACCUUUCCCGGGGUUGGGCCCCUGAUUCCUUAAGCAGUUUCCCUGAUCAUUCUGAAGAAAGCCCAUCCCAGAAAUGUUCCCCCAAAUCUCCAGAUCCCCCAGGCUGGCCAUGGCGCUGCUGGGUCUCGGUUUGUAGCCUCAUUGGGCUCUUGGUGGCUGAGCAGGGCUGGGCUCCGUGUUCAAUGUAACAAAUACUGUAUCUGUGUUGUCAGUCACACCUCCCGAUAAUGUGAAGCCGGUCCAGGAGAAGGCGUCCCUUGCAAAUGUGUGCUUUAAAAACUAAGUAACAAGUCUUUGAGAAGCAGCAAUUUCUACUUUGAAGUCAUAUCAGUUCGAAAGAUGUCUGUGCACUUAACAUUUUCCUAAUAAAAAUCUGUAUUCUGAUGGAA